AUGGUUGAGUGGAGCUUGGAUAGAUGCAGCUGGGAGCUUGGGUCCCUGUCUGGAAGUGUGGAGCUAGCCUUUGUCAGUUUUAGUCGGACUGGAAAACCCUGGACUGCAUGCUGCCCACUGGAACAUCAAGUUCAUUACUUCAGCAAGUGUACAGAUAAGAUAAAUCAGACACCUUUGAGAAAGGCUGAUAUUUGCCAUCUAACAGCUGUACAGUCCACUGCUGCGGACAUGGAUGAAAAGACUCCUCUGCUGAAUAGAAGACCAACAUCAUCUGAAUCUCAGAUCAGUAACUCCAAACUGUUCCUGGCUGUCUUUGCGGCUGUCCUGGGGAACUUCAGCUUCGGUUACUCCCUCGUCUAUCCAUCCCCUGUCUUGCCAAAGCUCAAGAGCCCUGAUGCCGACCCUCGGCUCAGAAUGAACACGGAGCAGGCCGCCUGGUUUGGCUCAAUCUACACACUGGGUGCAGCAGCCGGCGGGCUGGGGGCCAUGCUGCUCAACGACAUGAUUGGACGGAAGCUGAGCAUCAUGAUGUCAGCAGUGCCCUCGACUAUUGGCUACAUGCUGCUGGGAGGGGCCGUGGACUUGUGGAUGCUCCAAGUUGGCCGAUUCCUUACAGGUGUUGCCGGGGGGAUGACUGCAGCAUCCAUUCCCGUUUACAUAUCAGAGAUCUCCCACAAAGCAGUGAGAGGAGCUCUGGGAUCCUGCCCUCAGAUCACUGCUGUGUUUGGAGCCCUGGCGCUCUAUGCUCUGGGUCUGGUGGUACCGUGGCGGUGGCUUGCAGUGGCGGGGGAGGUGCCGGCAGUAGUGAUGGUUGUGCUGCUGACGUUCAUGCCUUGCUCCCCCAGGAGGCUUCUCUCUCUGGGCAGAGAGCAGGAGGCUGAGAAGGCCCUCCGCUGGCUGAGAGGGAAACACUACGACACACACAUCGAGCUCAGUGCCAUACAGCACAGCAUCAGCACACAGAGUAAAGUCACAUUGUCCCAGCUGGCCACACCUGUCUAUUACCGGCCAAUCAUCAUCUCAGUGGUGAUGCGUUUCCUGCAGCAAAUGACGGGUAUCACUCCCAUCCUGGUUUACCUGGAGCCCAUCUUUUCCCAGAGUAAAGUCUCGCUGGAGCCCAGGUAUGAUGCUGCCAUUGUAGGUGCAGUCCGCCUCUUUUCUGUUGCCAUGGCAGCCUGUUUGAUGGACAGGGCAGGACGCAAAGCUCUGCUGUACAUGUCGAGCCUGUUGAUGUUCUUGUCCAGUCUGACUCUGACCAUGAUCUCCCACACCACGCCUUGCCCUCCUGGCCCCGCCCCUCCAAACCUCACUGCGAGUUUGGACUACAGCCCCAAUAACUACACUGGAAACAUUUUGUAUGCCAGCCAUCAAACGUCAGCAGACCUCAUCCCUCUCAUCAGCACUGUGGUGUUUAUAUUUGGAUACGCCAUGGGAUGGGGGCCAAUCACAUGGUUGUUGAUGUCAGAGGUGUUGCCAUUGGUUGCCAGGGGCGUGGCUUCAGGCUUGUGUGUGACUGUCAGCUGGUUGACGGCCUUCAUGCUCACUCAUGCCUUCUCACACCUGGUGGACAGCUACGGCCUGUACGUGCCCUACCUGUGUUUCACAGUGGUUUGUGUGUUCUGUCUGCUGUUCACGGCAGUGUUCAUCCCAGAGACUCGCAACCGCUCGCUGGAGGAAAUAGAAAACUAUUUCAGGACAGGACGCACAUUUACCAUCAAUCGGAGUCAUUCUACUGCACAGUCGAGCUGAAGCUUAUAGAUCAGAAUAUGACAAACUUUUUUAUAUUUUCUAUUUUUGUUUCUGGUGUGGGAUGGGGUGUGAAACGUUUAACAAUCAUUAUGUUCUACAAUGAUUACUGUCAGCAAUUACUAAGGCUAUGCUGUCACACUCAUCUCUAAUAUAUACUCUCACAUGGUCAAGAAGCAGGUUACCAUUUAUUCUCAGGUUUUAUGUUUAACUAAUAUACCAUGUUAUCAUAUAAUAGUGACAUUUUAAUAUAAACAAAUGUACAUUUUCCUAUCCUCCCACUCCAACAGCGGAAACACAGCCUCCCUUUUUUCUUUAGUCAGUGGCAGUGGUACAAUAAUGCACUCUGACAUGUCAGAAUAUUGAUGGACUCAGUAGAAGAAAUACUAAUCCACUAUGCAAUGUGCUGUUCUUCACCUUCUUGUGUGUUCUUGCUUAUCUAAAUCACACAAUGUAUAGUGACCUACAUUAUGAAAUUCAUUCAGUAUGUAGAAUACAGUAUGCACUAUUGUUAUGUACAAUUAGUGACCCAAAAGUGACUUUUCUGUUUAACUCUUUUGGUUUAUUAAAACACAUUUUAGCAUUAAA